AUGCAAAACUUGCAGUCAGAAAAGGAUCCUACAUCUUCUGUCCCUUUUAAUUUCAACAAAUUUUCAGCGCCCAAAAAAUGCUUUAAAUUAAAUUAUCAACAACCUCUUGGACUGAAUGCUCCGAGUAUUUUGGUAGCUGGAUUAGAGGACGUAGGAGUCAAAUACUUGAUUAUGAGUGCACUGCUGUGUCUCUACCUCGGUCAAGUGGGAUAUGGUAUACUUUCUCUUUUGAUGACUAGCAUGACAGGUAUCGCAGCGUUUUAUAUGCUCUCUCGAUCGGUUUUGGAUAGCUUGAAUUGGCAAAUUGAGAAAAUUGAUGGUGCAAAUAUUUUGUCUAAAAGGAGACACGGUGAAAGUAUGGAAUGGUUUAAUUGCUUUGUGGAGAAAAUUUGGAGAUCGAUUGAUCCUCAAGUAUUUGCAGUUGUGGAGGAUAUUUUGGAAGAUACGAUAUCGAGAGUUGCUCCUACUAAAAUUAUCAGAGCUGUUAAAGUUGGUGAUUUUGAUUUAGGAGUUCAGUCCCCUCGUAUUGAAAAAAUGAACAUAUUUCCUCCCACUCCUGACCAGCCUACCAAUUGCAUUUUUGGCGAGGCAGAAUUUACUUUAGGCGUAGACCCAAACAAUACGACGGUUACUACUUUCAAGCCACAUGUAGCCACACCUCCGGGGUUUUCCAUAUGCUUCAAAUCAGUACUGAAUGCUAGUGCCGAAAUUCGAGGUGAACUAACAAAGUUGUCUGGAAAGAUUAGGUUUAAACUUAUGACUGCACCUGAACCUCCAUUUGUUUCCAAGGUGACAAUAUCUUUUAUAAGAGCUCCCGAAAUCGAAACUGCUGUCAUGCCAAUCACAAAAAAGCUGAAUAUAAUGAGACUUCCAAUGUUAAAGACUCUGGUAAACCAAGGUGUGAAAUUAGGUUUUGCCAGUUUAGUAGAGCCGAACAGUAUCAGUGUUGAUAUCAAGCCCAUGAUGAUUGGUGCAUUGAUCGAUACAAACGCUAUAGGUGUGGUAAAAUUGGAAGUUCGACAAACAAGACGGAAACAUGCGAUGGGAGGAGAACCUGAAAAUUCUUUUGUGACAUUCUCUCUAAGUGACAGAAAAACGAGCAAUAUUAAAAGCACUCGGGUUUUAUCUAGCACAUCGCAUCCUCUUUGGAAUGAAAAUCUUUACCAGUUGGUGACUAUCGAGGACAUCAAAAAUGAAGUUUAUAUGAAUGUAAAGGUAUGGGAGGCCGACAAGGUCAAAGCAGACACCCUUACAGGAUCGAUUUCCGCCUCGGUAAAAGAUAUCGUGCUUGCAAGAUUGGACGAAUAUGAAAAUGUGUCGAGCUGGUGCACUGAAGAAAGAGUCAUAUUUGAUGGAUGGGCUCCAAUUGAUGGAAAGUCUGAAAGAGAAUCUCAGUUUCUUCUUAAUUUUAAGUUGACAUUCCAUCCCAAAUACGUGACACCUAUUCCUUCUGCACAUGACCAUGCAAAGACUGAAAAAGCAAAGAGAGAAAAGGCUAAAAAAAAGAAACAAGAAAAAGAAAAGAAGCAACGGGAGAAGGAGGAAAAAAAGAAACAGAAGGAACACCGAAAGGGGAGUAUUUUAUCCAUUAAAAUCGUUAAAGCAAAAGAUCUCGAAAUUUUGGAUCCAGAAGUUAUUUCUUUCAAGAAAAGACGGCACCCAUACAAGUUACAAAAAGCCGUCAGUCCAUAUGCUGUCAUCUAUAUUAAUGAUACUAAAGUUUUCAGAACCAGAUCCAAGAUGUGUACUUCUAAUCCAAAUUGGAAUGCUGUGUCUGAAUGCUUCAUUAAGAAUUAUGCGACUGGAUUUAUAAGAAUAAGUGUCAAAACGUCUAUAGAUUUGGAAGAUGAUCCAGUUAUUGGGACAUCCAUUAUCAAAAUUAGCGAUCUGUUCCACGACAAGUCUAAAAAGUCAAAAGAGUCAGAAAGAUGGAUUUCUCUUUCCGAUGGUAUUGGCUACGGAAGAGUUUUUCUCGAUUUAAAAUAUAAACCUGUAAAGCUUGUGCUUCCCCGAGAAUUAAGUGGUGCAGAUGUAGGAACUUUGGUUAUAGACAGUGUUCAACUUGAUAUGAAGGCUCCUAUGAAUCUUUCAAAGAUCCAUUCAACAAAUGCCAGUUUUAUAAUUAAUGUAGAGCCAGAAAUUACAAGAGAACUAAAAUACAAUCUUUUGGAAAGUCAUGGAAAGAAAACUGGGUGGUUCAAAAACAACUUGUAUUUCCCUCUUAUGAUGCGAUAUAGAUCAGCACUUUAUGUUCAUUUAUCACAACGCCACAACGACCGCAAGGUGACUGCAUGUUUAUGGAUGAAAGAAAUAUACGAUAACGACUGGCAAGAGGUGACUAUUGGUUUACGUCCUUUCACAGAUGGACCUGCAGCAGAUGAACUUCCUUGGGGUAGUGAUGGACCCUGUGGCAAGAUUACUCUACGUCUCAAAUUCGUUCCUGGAUUUUCUCCAGCGCAUACCGAGCUACCCGAAUUCACCACAGAUAUGCUUGGAGCAGAUCCAUUCCAAAACGAUAUUACGCGUGAUAAAGCGCAUUUACUUGUACGACAAGAAGGAACUGAAAACUAUGCUGCAGAAGACGAUCUACAGCGAAUAUGCCUUCUGAAACGGGAAAAAAGAGAGCAUCAAGAGGGUCCGUUAGAUAAUUCGACAGAAUUGGACACGGAUAACAAUCUGAAUGAUCAUGUAGAAAUUCAGACAACGGGUUAUUUGGAAGCAAUGGAAGAAGAUUUAGAAAACUCCAAGAUAAGCAAGUACAGCCUCAUGCGAAAGUUGAAUAAAGGAAGAGACCGAUUCGUCAAGAAAUUUAAAACUUUAAGUCAAGGCUACAAUUCGCAGACCCGAGCAAACAAAGCCAUUGUAGAAGAAGCAUAA